AUGGCGGGAUCAUCCCCGCCCAGGUUGGAGGCACUCGCCCUGUGCUUCCUCGUGUUCCUGUUACCGGGCGUCUCCGGAUGUGGAGGCAACCUGACGGCUCCCUUCGGAGGUCCUGUCACGUCACCGAACUACCCCGGUAACUAUGGCGACAACCAGGACUGCGAGUGGCUGAUCACCGUCCCGGUAGGAAGCUUGAUCCGUCUCACGUUUCACAGCUUCUACCUUGAGCAAGGUUAUGACUUUCUGCGCAUCUACGAUGGAGCCAGUGCAAGUGUGGCGGUGUUACAGGAGUUAACGGGUCCGCAGUCAGUCAGCCCUAUCGGCAGCACAUCUAACGUGAUGUUCCUGAGGUUUACAUCUGACAACAGUGUAGAAAGACAGGGGUUCAAUUUCUCCUACACAAGUCACAACACGUCUGGAUGCCCCACGGUUGUCCUGUAUAGCGGCUCCAACACUCUGAAGGACGACAAGAUGGCGUCCUACACCAUGACGGGAGACACCCGCGGUGACCGGCCCGUGUACUACAGCAGCGCCACCUGCACCGACCUGUAUUACAACAAGCCUACCAUGGAGUGGCACGUCGGACAGCAGUUCGAACUCAGCAGGGCCUUGCAAGUCAAGGACUCCGCCCUCUACGCUGACCAGAUCAACGGGACGUUCCUUGUGUUGACCGGCCAGGAGUGGAUAGAGAACCCGGAUGUGAAGAUCGCCUGCUCUGAUGACGUCCCAGCUGACGUGGUAGUUGCACAAUCGGCAGGGGGCGCUACAAACUGUGCGAGGGUCCGUCUUCACGGCCACUACUUACCCUCCGCCAUGACGACCUACACCAGAACAGACCAGACCAGUGGUGGCAGACCUGUCUACGUUAGUGACACAAACAGCCAAGAUUUUCUUCACUUUGUCGAAGACUUCAAGCAAUGGUGGGUGGGCCCCACGAUCGGAGAACGCAGCGGCUUCGCUUAUGUCCCGAACUGCGCCGUGACACCUGAUCUGAUCAGGUCACCGUGGUUACUGUGGGACGGGAAUCGGUGGCAAGUCGUCUGGUCGGUUACUGCCAGCUGUGUUGGAAAACUCUGCCAACAACUGAUGGCACCUUCUAACGGCAACAUCAGCGGCGGUAGUUCUUAUGGGAACGUCGUUACGUAUUACUGUGACGCUGGAUACGAGAUCAGCGGCGAUAAAGAACGAACUUGCCAGUCGGACCAGACCUGGAGCGGCACUCAGCCUACAUGCGCCCCACAGUGA